AUGUCCACGGCAAGCAUCAAGGACCAUGCGAAUACGCUGUUGAACCUAUUAGAUAUGGAACGCAGCCCCCAGAUGGGGUCUGUUCCACCGAAAGUGAUAUUCAUCGGACAUAGUUUGGGGGGGUUAGUGAUCAAACAGGCACUUCUCAAUGCUAAAGAAGAUCCAAAAUAUACUUCCAUUCGUUCGGCAACCUCUGGUCUCGUUUUCUUCGGAACACCUCAUCGUGGCGCGAAGGCUGUGGAAUUGGGGAAAAUUGCAGCCCGAGUUGCCCGCUUUGUUUCCAAAGGCCAUGCCAGCAAUGACCUUCUAGACUGCCUGGAAUAUAAUUCCCUUUUCACUCGACAAAUGACCGAUCGGUUCCGACAUCAACUAGAAGAUUAUCGUGUUGUUAGCUUCAUCGAAGGGAAGGAGGUGCAGAUAGGGGGAGUUGGACCAGCAUCUAUCAGCCAUCUUGUGGUCGAUGAAGAAUCUGCGGUUCUUGGAUUGUCCGGAUUACGCGAAACCCAACUCAAGCUCGACGCAGAUCACUCACAGAUGUGCAAGGUGGGCUCUCGAGGCCCUAUGUACCGUUUGAUAAAAGGGAACAUCAAACAAUUGGUCGAUCAAGCGCUUUUGUCGGAACAAGGCUUCAUUCCAUCGAUUCCUCCAAAUGCCGCGUCUUCUCCACCGCCAGUCCCACCACGCAUUCAUUCGAACAGUAGCACGCCGUACCAGGGGCAGGGUCGUCCAUCUCCCUCGGCGCAAAGGGUGACAGGAGUGAUGUUCAAUGCUCUGGAUAAUGACCCACGAUCUAUUCGUUCCGCAGAACUGAAGAAUCGGGCUAAAUGGGACGAAGCCCGAACUAUCGAAUAUGAGAUUUUUCAGGAGCAUUUGCGCAGCCUUGGUCCAGAUCAUUUCAGUACACUAUCAGUGGCAUACAACCUAGCCGAAGUGGAACUGGAGUCCAACUACUUAGAGAAAGCAAAUGAAUGGUGCCAUUGGGUGUCCGAAAACGCCCAACGCGUCUUUGGGACCAAACAUCCUCUGACAAUGAAGACCGAAAGUUUGAUUGCAGAGGUCUUGUGUCAGCAGGGCAAGUACCAAGAAGCGGAGUCGGUCUGCGCUAACGUAUUGGCCCGUCAACAAAUGACUAUCGGGGAAGACCACUUGGACACCUGUGACACUCGGCGCCGACUAGGAAUGACCUACAAUGUGCUAGGUCGCCGGGAAAAUGCCGUCAUGACUGCAGAAAAGCUGACAGUCACCCUAAAGCGUCUGCUUGGGGAAACCCACAUUCGUGUAUUUGGCUCUGUUUUGGACGCUUUGGAAUAUAUGGUUAGCAACCAAUCUGGGGACGCAACCACCCUAAUUGUGAUGCGGUUUCAGCCCGAUGUACAACGAGCGGUGGAGAUGUUGUCACAGGUCUACCAAGAGCUUCGGACUGCCUUGGGUCAUGGACACCCGUCUACCAUUCGCGCUCUCUGUCUCCACGGCCGAGCACAAAGCUUUAUGCAGCAGAGUAUGGAGGCCUCAGAGACCCUGCGCCGGGCUCUGGCCAGUGCGGAAGAAGCCUUAGGGCUCGAGCAUCCGCUGACAAUGGAUAUCGUGGGCAACAUUGGCGUCAUGUACGCUCUGCAAAAUGGCUAUGCUCAAGGUCUACUCACGAAUAAUCGUGCUGCGGAAGCUUUCCCCUGGUUGACGCGAUAUUUGAACUGGGUUGAACAUCGCAAAGGCAAAGACAACCCCGAAACGCAUGCCACGUUGGAGCUGCUAGCCAAUUUACACUUCAGCGCUAAAGAGUACGAACCCGCCCAGAAAUACUAUGAGCGCCUUGUCGCGAACAUGCGCACCGAGUCAACAGCGACCGAGCGUAUCAAUAUUCAGCUUCAGCUGUGUCGGGCGAACACCAUGUACACCCGUCGGGGCCUAGGGUCGGGCCUAGGAGGGUUUUUGUCCAACUUGCAGAGAUAUUAG